AGGUGUUCUCUGUGUUCUUCUGCUCUGCUUCUUCCCUGUAGCAGGGAACUACAAACUCCCAUCAGCAUCCACAGGGCUGGGGAGGUGACUGGUCUUGGUAAGAACCCCACAAUACAGUGCAGGUGGAUAAGAUGAAAGAAUGAAGGUAACUUCGUGGAAGUUUUGAUUAGGAAGGACCAGAAUUCAAUCACUCUCAUCUGGAAGAAGCCAUCUCUGAAGGAACAAGGGCAAUGUGGCCUCAUCCAUCUGCACAACUACAGCCAUGGGUGGAGACAGCAUGACCCUCACCCUCACAGCCUUGUUCUGCCUUGGGCUGAGUGUGAAACCAAAGACCAAAGUGCAGGCAGGGACCCUCCCCAAACCCAGGCUUUGGGCUGAGCCAGGCUCUGUGAUCUCCUGGGGAAUGCCUGUGACAAUAUGGUGUGAGGGGACCCUGGAGGCUCAGGAGUACCAUCUGGAUAAAGAGAGAAGCUCAGCAUCCUGGGAUAGAUGGAAGGCACUGCAGCCUGGGAAAAAGGCCAAGUUCUCCAUCCCAUACAUGUCAGAGAACUAUGCAGGGCGAUAUCACUGCAAAUAUCAUAGCCCUGUAGGCUGGUCAGAGUGGAGUGACCCCCUGGAGCUAGUGAUGACAGGAUUCCACUAUACCUAUCCCAGUCUCUCAGCUCUGCUCAGCCCUUUGGUGACCUCAGGAGGGACUGUGACUCUCCAGUGUGUCUCAUGGCAGGAAUUUGUCAGGUUCAUUCUGACUAAAGAAGGAGAACACCAGCUCUCCUGGACUCAGAACUCACAGAAUCUCCCCAGUGGGCAGUCCCAGGCCCUGUUCCUUGUAGGCCCAGUGAAUCCAAGCCAGAGGUGGACAUUCAGAUGCUAUGGUUGUCACAGGAACAACCCCUAUUUGUGCUCAUACCCCAGUAACCUCCUGGAGCUCCAGGUCUCAGGGACCCUCCCCAAACCCACCCUCUCAGCAGAGCCAGGCUCCAUGAUCAUGCAAAGAAGCUCUGUGACCAUUUUGUGUGAGGGGACCCUGGAGGCCAAGGAGUACCGUCUAUAUAAAGAGCAAAGCUCAGAGCCCUGGAAAAGACAGACCUCAAUGGAGCCUAGGAACAAGACCAAGUUCUCCAUCCAAUCCAUGUUACAGUAUGAUGCAGGGCGAUAUUACUGUUAUUAUCAAACCCAAGCUGGAUGGUCAGAGCAGAGUGAUGCCCUAGAGCUGGUAGUAACAGGAGUCUACAGCAAACCCAGCCUCUCAGCCCUGCCCAGCCCUGUGGUGACCUCAGGAGGGAAUGUGACCCUCCAGUGUGCCUCACAGCAGGGAUAUGACAGGUUCAUUUUGACCAAGGAAAAAGAACACAAGCUCUCCUGGACCUUGAACUCACAGCAACACUCCAAUGGGCAGUUUCAGGCCCUGUUCCCUAUGGGGCCUGUGACCCCCAGCCAUAGCAGGUUCAGAUGCUAUGGUUAUUACAGCAGGAACCCCCAGGUGUGGUCAGGACAUAGUGACCCCCUACAACUACAGAUCUCAGGGGUCUCCAAGAAACCAUCCCUCUUGACCCAGCAGGGCCAUGUCCUGGACCCUGGAGUUACCCUGACCCUCCAGUGUCGCUCUGACCUUGGCUAUGACAGAUUUGCUCUGUCCAAGGAGGGAGAACAUGACCUCCCUCAGCGUCAUGGCCAGCAGUCCCAGGCUGGACACUCUCAGGCUGACUUUCUCCUGGGCCCUGUGAACAGCUCACAUGGGGGCCAGUACAGAUGCUAUGGUGCACACAACCUCUCCUCUGAGUGGUCGGCUCCCAGUGACCCCCUGGACAUCCUGAUCACAGGACAGCUACCUUACAGACCCUCCCUCUCGGUGCAGCCGAGUCCCACAGUAUCCUCAGGAGAAAAUGUGAUCAUGCUGUGUCAGUCAUGGAGCCCAAUGGACACUUUCCUUCUGUCCAAGGAUGGGGCAGCCAAUCCCCCCCUGCGUCUCAGAUCAAAGUCCCGAGCUCAGCAGCACCAGGCAGAAUUCUCCAUGACUGCUGUGACCUCAGCCAUCGGGGGAACCUUCAGGUGCUAUGGGUCUCAAAACUCAUCCCCCUACCUAUUGUCAGAGCCCAGUGACCCUCUGGAGCUUAUGGUUUCUGGACUGGAGAGCUACCAGAAGGUUCUGAUCGGGGUCUCAGUGGCCUUCCUCCUGCUACUGCUCUUCCUCUUCUUCCUCCUCCAACACUGGCAUCAGGGCAAAGGCAGGAGGUCAGCCCAGAGAGAGGCCAACGUCCAAGGUCCUGCAGGGGCUGAGGAGGUAGCAUCUAGGGACAGAGGCCUGCAGAAGAGCUUCAGACCAGCUGCUGCUGUCCAGGAAGAAAACCUCUAUGAUGCUGUGAAGGACACACAGCCUGAGGACAGGGUGGAGAUGGACAUUCAGAGCCCACCUGAGGAAGACUCCCAGGGAGCGACCUAUGCCCAGGUGAACCACUCCAGACUCAGAAAUGGAGGAGCUGCUCCCCCUUCCCCUCUGGUGGGGGAAUUCCUGGACAGGAAGCACACACAGGCAGGAGGGGACAGACGGGUGGGCAGUCAGGCUGCAUCUGAGGAUCCUCAGGAUGUAAUCUAUGCCCAGCUGUGCAGCAUGACACUCAGACAGGGGAGAACUGCAAGUCCUUCCUCCCAGGGAGGGGGCUCCCAGCAGAGCCCAGUGUGUAUGCUGCUCUGGCUACCACCAGCCCAAGAGCUGUCCCCAAGGACACUAACUAAUGGCCCCCAGCCAAGCAGGACCCCCUUACAGAGAGCUGCAGGAGAUUCUGGGAACUUUGGGGACUCACCUGACUGCACUCAGAGAUAACUAACAUCCCAGGUUUUGGAAAUAAAGCAGGAUAUUUCUCACUUAUCAAUGAGUAAAAUGAGGAACGAAACAGAAGGGAGAGGAGGUCUGAAUUGAAUGACAAUGCUAGUGAUAAUAUUACACAUCAGGUUUUUCUCACCCUGGAAAUAACCUGCUUUCAUUCUAAGUGUAUUGUUUUCCUAAUAAACUUUACUAUGACUUUCACUACAAAAAAAUUAUGCAUCAAAGCUAAAAAAUAACAAAAUAAGGACCAUGAA